AUGGCCUCAACUCAACCCAUAGUCUUAGUAGUUGUCUGUGCUAGAGGCCUUGUCUUUCUUUAUUUGCUUACUUUUGCACUAUUCUGCUUCUUUAAGAAGGGGAAUGAGAAGACACAAGAAACCAACAUCAUACAUAUCGACGAGCAUAAAAAGGGCAAGGAAACCAUUACUCCAGAUGAAACAAGGAAGAAAGAGAAACUCGACCAUGGUUUGCAUGCCAAAUCAUCCUCAGCCAUCAUACAUAUCGAUGAGCAUAAAAAGGGCAACAAAACCAUUGUUCCUGGUCCUUUUGGACAACAAGCGGUAGUUAUAUCAGUUGAAGAUGAUUUGCAUAUAAUUAAAGCAAGGAAGAAUGAGAAACAUGGUCAUGGUUUACAUGCUAAACCAUCCUCAGCCGAAGCAAAUCAUCGCAACUCUAACAACCAAUAG